GGUAGGUGGCCGUUACGUACCGUUAACGUAGUUGCUACCUGCUAUUCAAUCAAAGAAGAAGAAAAGCGGAAGAGGCAUCAUCCUGAAACUAAACACUAGAAAAUUAAGCUGAUGCAAAAGCUUUUCUGACUUCGCAACAAUCUUCAACUCUCCUGGAGCUUUUUCGUUUCUCUGAGUUAUUAAAACCUAACAUGUUAGAAAGAAAUGUCUCUAACCUGAGGAAAGUGAAUGGAGUUGACAAAUGGAGCGCUUAAAGACAGGUGGACCUCUCUUUGGUGAGUGAUCUUGGUGGUUAAAGACCGUCUUAGUGAGCUGAAAUGUUGGACAUGUCUGGAGGAUCUGAACAUUUGACACUCUGAUAUUUCUGACGGAGUGUCUAAAGUCAGAGACUCCCAGGUUUAUUCGUGGAAAAUGAGGCUAUGUCAAAGAAUUAGCUCCAACAUUAAUGUGUGACAUAUUAAUGUGGUUCAAAUGUUGGUUUGUCUGCGUUUAUAAAGACAUUAAAGACAGUAAAAGCUGCUGUUGGCUGACUGUAUGGGUCACAUAAAUCUAAUGACACAGACUCGUUUAUUGUUUCAGGAAAAUCAGCUAUCUGUAAGUUUAGUUUCUGUUUCAGUUUGACUGCAGUUUAGUGUCAUCUGUCAAGUUAAACUUCUUAGCUCAUAUUUUAACGAUUACGGGAUUUUCACGUCAAGAUUAUAUAAAAGAGUUAAAAGGAAUCUUAAGUUUGUGGCAACAUUCUGAACAGAGACUUGAUUUCAAUCUUUUCUUUAUAAGAAAUGGCAGAGGACUGUUUCUUUCAGUUUGUUGUCAAUAUGAAAUCUAUUUCCUGAUUAUAAAUUUACUUAAAAGUUCAUGUUUUUAUCAUUAUGGCUGUAAAAUAACCUAAAGUUAGGGCUUGGUAAUAAAACAAUAAUAAUAAUGAUAACAAUAAUAUAUAUAUAUAAGUCCAGGCCAAAAUUUUGGACACACCUUCUCAUUAAAUGUAUUUUCUUUAUUCUCAUUACUAUUUAAAUUGUAGAUUCUCAGUGAAGGCAUCGAAACUAUGAAUGAACACAUGUGGAAUCAUGUGCUUAAGAAAAAAGUGUGAAAUAACUGAAAAAAUGUUUUAUAUUUUAGAUUCCUCAAAGUAGCCACCCUUUGCUUUUUUGAUAGCGCUGCAAACUUUUGCUGUUCUCAGCAAAAGGUUUGUACCAUGAGAGGUGAUAAUUAUUCACUUAGCAUAAAAAAAUCUAUAUUUUGUGGGAUAUUUGUUCAAUCGUAGAUUUCUCUAACCUCUUUUUUCCUCUUUGUUGUCUAGUGCUGUAGGCUAUGAGCGUGGGUGAUGGAGGACGGCCAAUGUGGAGACUUGGAUUACCUGAUCCAAGAUGAGGACACCCUCAUUGAGGGUAUCAGCAACCAGGUUUUAUUUGUAGUGGUUCUCAGUGUCACCUUCCUUGCUGGCCUCUUGACUCUGCUCUGCAGGUGAGCAGCAACUUUGGGGGAGUAUUCACCAGAGGGAGAUAAGGGAAAACACUGUAUAAUUUUAACAGAAUCACUUCAACUUCGGAUAAAUUACUAUGUUAAAAGAUCAUUGAGUCCAGUGUGAUAAAAACUAUUCAUGUACUUUUUUCCAAGUGAACGUACUGUACUUUACAACAAAACAUGCUCCAGCCUGUCUCUUGCAGAAACAUACUUGCACUGAGUUGCCUGUGGCCUCUGUUAAAGCAAAUUGUAUGAUACUUGUUAAAUUUACAUGAAGGUAACCUGUACGGCAAGCUUUUCUUUGCAUUUUGUCUUUGUUUUUCUGUUUACUCCUUAAUGGCUAUCUCGCUCUGUGCAACUAAAGCUGGAUGCAGGUUUAGCGAUGUUGUGAAACAGUCUAUUGAUUGUAAAUAACUGAUUUUGAAUGAUGAACUCAAUACCUUCUCAUCAGUCUUCACAGCACAGAAAUAUUUUGAUUUCAAAUGUCUGCAUUUUGAAUUUGUAGACAAGAGGAACAGAACAUUCAUCCUGAGAAUCAGGAGCACGUUCGAGCUGUUCGACAACAACUCCAAACAGAGCAGGUACAGUGAAGCACUCGGUUUAGCCAAUUUUAAAGUAAUUUCAAUCUUAAGUUAAACCCAUAGAUGCACACAGACACUGCAUAAGAUAAUGUUUAAGUUAAAUAAAUAUGAAGAGUCUGAAAUAAAGUUUUUUUCUGUAAACAAAACUUUAAUUGCAGAAUAUAGGGGAGUUUAUAACUCUUUGGACGAAUAACUGCUUUAACAGUUAGUGCAUAAGUUUGAAACAUGAUUGAAUUCUUUUAAUCCCCAUUCUUCUUUCUGUUUUGAACUUUCAUUUAACUUUGAGUGUGUAUGAUAUCAAUGCUUUGAUUUUGCUCUUUCAGGAUGAAAAUAGUCAAUCAGAAACCAGGCAGCAGUAUUACACGGACAUGUCUUGUCCUGUGUGCUUACAGCAGGCUGUUCUGCCUGUGGAAACAAACUGUGGACACCUUUUCUGCGGUAAAACUCUCAUACUAUUUUAACACAUAGACAUAAAACUAAACAGUUUCUUUAUCUAAUACAGAGAAAAAGUGAAAAUACUUCUCACUGCUGCUGUUCAUUUUACCAUGUCUAUGAGAAAAUGGUUGUUUCAACCUCCCUAGCUACAUAAUGCUAGUGCAUGCUUGUAUAUGUUGUCUUUGGGCAAUGCAGGGAAGGAAGAAUACACACAGAGUUUGGCUGAAAAAGACAAACUAAUGAGCAAAAGUCUAAUUGUAUCACAGAUGGAAAGAAUUAUUCAUCCUUGUGUUUGUUCUUAAUUCUGUGUUUGUAUGCUCUUUUCUUGUGUAGGCUCCUGCAUUAUAGCCUACUGGAGGUAUGGCACCUGGCUGGGUGCUAUCAACUGUCCCAUCUGCAGACAAAUGGUAAGACUUAAAUAACUAAUUAAAAAAACACUCAUAUCUUUAUACUGACUGUGAUUUAUCAGCAAAGCCAUUUACUCAGUUAUUUUUGUGUAAAUGUGAGAGUGUCCAAACUUAACUGCUCUUUCAUCCCUGGCUAAUAAGUCUAGCCUUUUCUGCUUUAGGAGGAUUUUAUUCAUGUCAAUGUUUGCACAAAUUUCCAUUAAGAGUUAUGGAUAUUUAUCGUCCAUAUCCCAGGUUACUUUGCUCUUCCCGCUGUUCCAUGAGCAUGCUGGUCCUCAGAGGGUCCAGGAUGGUGAGGCAGAACCUUUGCUGAUACUGAGGGACAUCAAUGAUUACAACCGCAGGUUCUCGGGACAGCCAAGAUCUGUGAGUACACCACAGCCACAUACUGUACAUUUGACUAAAAAAGGUUAAAAAUCCUUUGUUUUCUUAACCAUGAAUGGUUUUUAGCCAACUAUGCUGUUUAUGUGACUGCUUGAGAAAUCAGAACUCCAGAAAUCAAAUAAGGAUCUGUUUCUGAUCUUUAAUCUGUAGUUAACAUUUUCAUUUCGUGCCCCUGAAGCCUGGAGCACUUCUGCUGUGAAGUCUUGAUUUGCAGUUGUUUUCUAACUUUGUGUGUUUUUAACUCCUUAAAAAGCUUAUUCUUUUGUGCGGCACAUGUUUUCAGGAGCACGUUUCUGUCAUUGCCCUUGUUUCUGGAGUUUGAUUGUUUCUGCAUUUGCAGCACAGAGACAAUUGUAUGGGCUGUUGUAAAUUGUCUGUCCUUGUCAACCACUGUUAUUAUCCCUUCCAUAAUUGAACAAAUUAGGGCAGUAUACCGUCAGUCAUUAUUUCACAAUAAACAAUAGUGCACAGGGAUUUGCCACAUAACUUUGAGAUCUCAUGGUCAGCAUUUAAUUUUAAUUCAAGAGAGUAUAUUUAAAACAUACUUUCUCAUCCUGCUUCCCCCUUCUCUGUGUCCUCAGUAUAUGGACAGGCUGCGAGAUGUGCCCACCUUGCUGCGCCAUGCCUUCAGGGAGAUGUUUUCUGUGGGUGGCCUCUUCUGGAUGUUCAGGAUUCGAAUCCUCCUCUGCCUGGUUGGAGCGCUCACCUACUUGGUCUCACCUCUUGACAUCCUCCCCGAGGCACUUUUCGGCCUCCUGGGAUUCAUGGACGAUUUCUUUGUCAUCCUGCUCCUCUUUGUGUACAUCUCCAUCAUGUACAGAGAGGUGGUUACGCAGAGACUCAACGGCUGAGGGCUAAGUCAUCAACAAAGCCGUAGUUUUCUAAGAAUGAGAUAAGCCCUUCACCUGAGGUGGAUGUGCAGAAAGACUGAAAAAAAAAUGCGUUAAAGCUUUGUGGACCGUUACUCAAUGAUACUGGUCUUCCCAGAGAGUUCUCCUUUGAAGCCAGACCUGUUUCUUUAUCACUGGAAAGGGGUUGGCUGAAGAUCGAUCCCUGAAUGUUGAUUCUGAUGAUGGACAUAACUCUUUAAUCAUGGGUUCACAAACACUGUAGGAGGCUGGGGUGGGGAACAGUACAGCAUGAGGGUGGUUGUAACAGAAUGUGGUGUUAAAUAUAUAUAUAUCUACUGUGAGCCAAAUAUUGUGUUUCUAGGAAACUCUUUUUUUCGAUGAACUGAGCGGCACAGUAAAAGCAUCACAACAAGCUUAUUCUUUUACAGCAUUGCUGAAUUUGGUUAAUGUGCAUAUUAUCAUACUGGAGACAACAGUGUAAUGUAAUGUGAAGUUGAGUUUACUGUUUUGAUGGCAGUGUUUUGAUUAUAUGCAUUCAAAGUUGGAUGUUUGUAUCCGAAGUGUUGACUGUUGGACACAUUUUGUGUUACUUGAAGCAUCCUGCUGUUGCUCUUAAAGGCUAUCUGCUCAAUUUGACUGAUGAUGCACUUAUGUAAAGAACCCAUGUUUAUGAAUAUUCAUAAAGAUCUUACAAAAAAACAACAACAACAGAGUUUUAUGCUUGUGUGAAAAUACUUCACAGCUUUUACUAACACCUUGUAUUGGAUACAGUCUGCAUCUCUAUUAACGUAAAUACAGACGGCGGGAUUGAGAAAUUCUAACUGUGGGUUAUUUUAAAGCUCCUGUGAGGAGUUUUUAACUGUUUAUAAAACAAAAUGAAAUAAACAGUAAGGUCUCUUUAUUACCUACAA